AUGACUGAAGUCCUUCACUCCCCUUCACAUUUCCCUUCUUCUCCUUCACCAACUUCUUCUUCUUCCUCUUCCUCUUCUGUGAUUUGCAUACCCCCACAAUCUCCUUCAACACAAGAUGCUAUCGAUGAGAAUGAUGACGAAUUGGUGAAGCAAAGAGAAAAGAAUCAAAGGGAUCAGCUUUCUUUAUUGGCUCUUCUUGUGGCACUUUUCAGGAAGUCUUUAGUUGCUUGUAAGAGUGAUAGAAGGGAACUUUGUGCUAGUAUGGAGAUUGGUUGGCCAUCCAAUGUGCGCCAUGUGGCUCAUGUUACCUUUGAUAGAUUUAAUGGGUUCUUGGGUUUGCCUGUGGAGUUUGAGCCUGAAGUCCCCAGGAGGCCUCCCAGUGCUAGUGCAACUGUCUUUGGAGUUUCCACAGAAUCUAUGCAGUUGUCAUAUGACUCGAGAGGGAAUAGUGUGCCAACAAUUCUUUUGCUAAUGCAAAGGCGCUUGUAUGCUCAAGGAGGCUUGCAGGCUGAAGGGAUUUUCAGAAUUGCUGCAGAAAACAGUCAGGAGGAGUAUGUUAGGGAGCAACUGAAUGGUGGGGUGGUACCAGAAGGGGUUGAUGUACAUUGUCUGGCAGGGCUUAUCAAGGCUUGGUUUAGAGAGCUUCCAACAGGGGUUCUGGAUUCUUUAUCACCUGAACAAGUAAUAGAAUGUCGAACAGAAGAAGAUUGUGCUGAUCUUGCGAGAAAUCUACCUCCAACGGAAGCUGCUCUAUUAGAUUGGGCUGUCAAUCUGAUGGCUGAUGUUGUCCAACAAGAACACCUGAACAAGAUGAAUGCACACAACGUAGCCACAGUUUUUGCGCCGAACAUGACUCAAAUGGCAGAUCCCUUGACUGCAUUAAUGUAUGCUGUCCAAGUGAUGAACUUCCUCAAGACACUUAUCCUAAGGACACUGCGAGAGAGAGAGGAUUCUGUGGUGGAGCUGACACCUUCUUCACGUCUUGAGCCAUUUGAUGACAACGGUCACGGGAGCCCUUCGCUGUCCUGCACUAGAGAUAGGGAUGUUGAAAAUGAAACAACUGAGCAAGCCUUCAUGGCUGAAGAACCUGUUGUAGAAAGUUCCUACAACUCCAGUCAAAGCAACGUCACUGAUGAAGACCUCAGUUAUGCAACCUCUGUUGCAAUUGCCAAUGGAGAUCGUUCCUGCGAGACUGCCAGUGAGGUUGACUUAGUCAAUGACACAUACGAUCGUAGAGUUAAGGCUGGUGUUCAAGCAGGUACCGGGAAGAGCAGCGCAGGCCAAUCAAGUAAUUCAAGUCUCAGAAAGAGUCCUGGAAAAUUUAGCAGGCAGUCAUCUGUACUUCAUUUAACACCGCCUACCGACAAGACUCGAGGAAUUGGUAGCUGUAUAGACUCAAGGUCGGAGCGUAUUGAAGCUUGGCGAUGA